UCGUCGAUCCAUUUCUACGAUACUCAUUUUCCCUCUGAAAAACAAAGCUCUUUGGCUCUUAUCUGUCAAUUCCCUCCGAUUUGCCCCCUAAUCCCCCCCUCAUUCUCUGCCCCCCCAAAUUCUCUCUCCGCUCCCCCAAUUUCCCCUGGUGAGCCUUGGUAUCUCCAUCUGACCCAUUAUAUCGAUCUAGAUUUCAACCAUCUUUUCUCAAGGCAGUUUGCAGAUGGCAAAAGGUAGCAAAGGACGACGUGGGAUCACUUUCCGGCCAACCCCAUACUCGUUUACCUCUCCUAAUCAUGACAUCUCUAUGGACUUGUGUCCUAAAAAAUGUUCCGAAGCUUUGGAUAAGAAAGAUUGGGAAGAGACAACAUGUUCUGUUUGUAUGGAGUGCCCUCACAAUGCGGUUCUUCUUCUUUGCUCAUCCCAUGACAAUGGUUGCCGUCCUUACAUGUGUGGAACUAGCUUCCGAUACUCGAACUGCCUUGAUCAGUACAAGAAGUUCUACUCUAACUUGUCUAAUGAGGAUGAACCUUUGAUUAGCUCCUUUGAUAAUCCGGUUUUGGCUUCAGGUUCCAGUUUGUCUGUCGAGAAGCUUGGAGUAACGAAACUCGCAUGUCCACUUUGCAGGGGUCAGGUAAAAGGAUGGACUGUAGUGGAAUCUGCAAGGGAAUAUUUAAAUGCUAAAAGGAGAAGCUGCAUGCAGGAUGACUGCACCUUUGUUGGGACUUUUAAGGAAUUAAGGAAACACGUGAGAUCGGAUCAUCCAUGUGCUCUGCCUCGAGAAGUGGACCCUGUUCUCAAACAGAAAUGGAGUAGGCUUGUACAGGAACGUGUGCAGGAGGAUGUGAUGAGCAUAAUAAGAUCGGCAAUACCAGGGGCAACGGUUUUCGGUGAUUAUGUGAUAGAAGGAAAUCACCAUGGUUUCGCGACAGAUGAAGAUGAUGGUAUCGUUGCAGAUGCCGCCGAAAGGAAUGGAGGUCUCGAAGCAAACUUAGAUGGAAAUUUUGUUUUUCUUCUGCUGCAUGCAUUUGGACCAUCCAGGAAUGACAUCGGUAGACAACCAACGCAGCCUAUGCAUGCAGCAGAUGAGUUCUCACCUGUUGGUUUAUCUGAUCCAGGCGACUACAACUGUAGUAGUGACAAUGAUGAUGAUGGAGUCAAUAUCUCUUUGGUGAGCCGCCUCCGCCAGAGAAGACGGAGUAGAAGAGAUGCCAACGGAGAUCAGAUAUAAGAUCAGUAGAAGUUAGAUCACCUUAAAAGGAGAACACAGGCAGGUAACAUAUCAUCGAUAGUGUUAGGUUUACACUUUGAAGUAGCACUCAUUGAGCGUAAGUUAACUUCUGUAUAUGGAUUUUGUACUGUCAGUAAGAAACCUCGGGUCUUUCCAUAUGAAUAUGAUGGAUGGGGUUGUAAAGAAACAUUCCAA